AUGGGGAAAGUCGAGUCGCUCUCUCGCUCGACGUCAGACAAAGAAAAACCUGCGCCAGAGGAAAGCCAAGAAGCCAGUUUCGGUUCCUACAAGAGAAUCUUCAGCUUCGCAAGCCCAGUCGAGCUGACCCUCCAAAGCAUCGCUGUCCUUGCAGCCUGCGCAUCGGGGGCAGGAAUUGCUCUACAAAACCUCAUCUUUGGCAGGUUCAUCACAAUCAUCACUGAUUUUGUCGCUGGGACGUCAACCCCAGGCCAAUUCCUCGAUGAUGUCGCUGAGAUGGCGCUCUAUUUCGUGUACCUGGGAAUUGCCCGGCUCGUCCUCUCGUACACGUACAACACACUUCUCACAUACGCCGCGUACCGUGUCAUUCGCAAUAUCCGGCACAGCUACCUCAAAGCCGCCCUCAGCCAGGAGGUUGCAUACUACGACUUCGGAACUGGAGGGUCCAUCGCCGCGCAAGCGACAUCGAACGGGAAGCUCAUCCAGGCUGGAAUCGCGGAGAAGAUCGGCCUCCUUUUCCAGGGACUCGCGGCGUUCGUGACGGCUUUUAUCAUCGCCUUUGUGGUGCAGUGGAAGCUUACCUUGAUCUGUCUGUGUAUCGCCCCGGCUACUAUCAUCGUCAUGGGCGUCAUCGCGGGUAUAGAAGCCGGGCACGAGACGAAGAUAUUACAGAUUCAUGCCCAGGCUAAUUCGUACGCGGAGGGUGUCCUGGCUGGCGUGAAGGCCGUGCAUGCGUUCCAGAUGCGAGCGAGUGUGGUGAAACGGUUCGAUGAGUAUUUGACGGAGGCGCACAAGGUCGGGAAGAAGAUAUCGCCACUCAUGGGGAUCAUGUUCUCUGCGGAGUACACCAUCAUCUACCUUGGUUUUGGGCUGGCUUUCUGGCAGGGAAUACAUAUGAUGGUCAGAGGAGAGAUUGAUACAGCGGGCGAGAUCUUCACCGUCCUGUUGUCAGUUGUAAUCGCUGCAAUUAACUUGACCCUGUUGGCACCAUACUCGAUCGACUUCAGUAGAGCCGCCUCGGCCGCUGCACAACUGUUCACGUUAAUUGACCGAGAAUCCACAAUAAACCCAUACAGCAAAGACGGCAUCGAACCAGAGACGAUCAAUGGAGAGGUCGAACUGCAGAACCUAUCCUUUAGCUAUCCAACCAGACCCGGGAUCACUGUCUUAGAUAACUUCAGCCUCAAAGUCCCAGCAGGGAAGGUAACCGCCCUCGUCGGCCAGUCUGGUUCUGGAAAAAGCACGAUAGUCGGCCUCAUUGAACGCUGGUACAACCCCGACACAGGAAUGAUAAAGCUGGAUGGCACACCAAUCGAGAAAUUAAACCUAGGCUGGCUACGCAAGAACGUCCGCCUCGUUCAACAAGAACCAGUUCUAUUCCAGGGUUCCGUUUUUGAUAACAUCAAAUACGGCCUCGUCGGGACACCCUGGGAGAACGCGUCAAGGGAAGAGCAGAUGGAAAAGGUACAAGAGGCGGCGAAAAUGGCAUACGCCCACGACUUCAUUACAGAGUUGACAAAUGGCUAUGACACUCCAAUCGGGCAGCGUGGUGGUUUGCUCUCUGGUGGACAGAAGCAGCGAGUGGCCAUUGCUCGUAGUGUCAUCUCCCAGCCCAAGGUUCUUCUGCUGGAUGAAGCGACUAGUGCACUGGACCCCCAUGCUGAGGCGAUCGUGCAGAAAGCACUGGAUAAGGCAGCAGAAGGCCGUACGACCAUUGUUAUUGCACACAAGCUGGCAACGAUCCGCAAGGCAGAUAAUAUUGUGGUUAUGAGCAAGGGCUCCAUUGUCGAGCAGGGUACACACGAAUCACUCAUUGCAGAGGACGGGGCAUACGCGCGGCUUGUUAAAAUCCAGAACCUCACUGUCGCUGCCAGGGAAGAAGCAGAUAUCAAAGAGGAAGAGGAUACCACGGAAGACGACGCCCCCCUGGAGACAGCAGAGACGAUGGAAGGACUCAGUCGGUAUGCGACUUCUGUUCGAGGGAAGAUGGAGUCCAUGAAGGAACGAGACAACUACGACCACCACAAGCAAAUGGGCAUUAUGGCCGUCAUCGUGCGCCUGGUCAAGGAGUGUCCUGAAUUAAUAUGGGCAUACCUGUUCGUCCUGUUAGGAUGUCUCGGUGCAUGCGCUGCCUACCCCGGGCAGGCAAUCCUGAUGUCCCACGUCGUCGAAGUCUUCCAACUUACUGGAGAUGCAAUGCUGGAUAGAGGAGACUUCUACGCUACUAUGUUCAUCGUUCUGGCAGCGGGGUGUCUCCUCUCAUACUUCGCCGUCGGUUACGCGACCAACGUCGUUGCCCACCACCUCAGCCACUGGUUUCGCAGGCUCAUCCUGCACGAGAUGCUGCGGCAGGAUAUCCAGUUCUUUGAUCGCAGCGAGAAUACCACGGGCGCCCUGGUCAGUCAUAUUGACUCGUAUCCGCAGGCGAUCCUGGAGCUCAUGGGUUUCAACAUCGCCCUGAUCCUCGUUGCGGUUUUGAACCUGGUUGGAUGUGCGAUUCUUGCCAUUGCACACUCGUGGAAACUUGGACUCGUCGUCGUGUUUGGCGGUCUUCCUCCUCUUGUUGGUGCUGGCCUUGCCAAGAUCAGACUUGAUGCCAGACUCGACCGAAGCACUUCAAAGAAGUACUCUACCAGUUCAUCCAUCGCCUCUGAAGCCGUGAAUGCUAUUCGAACGGUCUCAUCCCUCGCCAUCGAAGGAGACGUCCUGCGACGAUACACCGAGGAACUCGACACCGCCGUGGCAUCCUCCGUCAAGCCCAUGGCCAGCACGAUGGUCUGCUUCGGCCUGACGCAGUGCAUCGAAUAUUGGUUCCAAGCUCUUGGAUUCUGGUACGGCUGCCGCUUGCUUUCAACGGGCGAAGUCAGCAUGUAUAACUUCUUCGUCGCCUUUCUUGGUGUGUUUUACACGGGCCAGGCGUCUGCGCAGAUCUUCCAGUUCUCAACCAGCGUCACAAAGGGAAUCAACGCGACAAACUAUAUCUUCUGGCUCAAUGAACUGCAGCCGACAGUCCGAGAGACGCCUGAAAACCGCGAUAAUGGCCCUGGGUCUGGCGCGCCUAUCGCCCUCGACAACGUGCGCUUCUCAUACCCACUGCGACCUGACGCCGCUGUUCUUAAAGGCGUCAAUAUAAAGAUAAACAAAGGCCAAUUCAUCGCUUUGGUCGGCGCGUCAGGCUGUGGUAAAUCCACCAUGAUCGCCAUGCUCGAGCGCUUCUACGACCCAACAACAGGCACAAUCACAAUCGACUCGUCCGCCCUCCCAUCCCUCAACCCCGUGCACUACCGCAACAUCGUCGCCCUGGUGCAACAAGAGCCAACACUCUUCCAGGGCACGAUCCGUGAAAACAUCGCACUGGGAAUCUUCAACCCAGAUACAGAGCCCUUCUUCUCGGAGAAACAGGGACCUACUACAAACGAUGUCCCGGAUAGUACCAUCGAAUCUGCCCUCCGCGCGGCGAAUGCAUGGGAUUUCGUCUCCUCUUUGCCCGAAGGUAUAUACACGCCCGCAGGGUCAGGAGGGACACAACUCUCAGGCGGCCAAAGACAACGGAUCGCGAUUGCGCGCGCACUCAUUCGGGACCCUAAGAUCCUGCUCCUGGACGAAGCGACCAGCGCCUUGGACACGGAGAGCGAGAAGAUCGUGCAGCGGGCGCUGGAGGAGGCGGCGAAAUCGGGGGAUCGGAUAACGGUUGCGGUUGCGCAUCGGCUGAGUACGAUCAAGGAUGCGCAUUUGAUUUGUGUCUUUUAUGGAGGGAGGAUUGUGGAGAUGGGGGAUCAUCAGGAGUUGGUUAGGGCGGGGGGAUUGUAUAGACGGAUGUGUGAGGCGCAGGCGCUGGACUGA